AUGUCCAGUGCCCAGUCCACAGUGGGGAACCCCGAUCUGACGGACGUGGCGGGCCCUGGGCGGCCCUGGAGGACCCCGGGGGCUGGUCCAGGCUUCCUGGCCACCACGGGCCCACAGGAGUGCGGUGCUGCGCUCCGUGGCCCCCGGCUGGGCACGUGGGGGUCUGCAGGGAUAAAUGGGGGCGGGACGGGCCCCAGAUGGAGAGAAGAGGCGACGGUGAGGAUGCUCCCGCUGCUGGCACUGGCCCUCCUGUCCAGCCUGGCCCUGGCCGCUCCUGCCCCGAGCCCCGCCAUGGGGCGGGCGGGCAUCGUGGGGGGCCAGGAGGCCCCGAAGAACACGUGGCCCUGGCAGGUGAGCCUGAGAGUCCACCUCGUCUACUGGAAGCACAUCUGCGGGGGCUCGCUCAUCCACCCGCAGUGGGUGCUCACCGCCGCGCACUGCGUGGGACCGCACAUCCUCCCCCCUGAGCUCCUCCGCGUGCAGCUCCGCCAGCAGCACCUCUACUACCGCGACCGGCUGCUGCCCGUCCGCCGCGUCGUCCCCCACCCCGACUACUACGCCGCACAGACCGCCGACAUCGCCCUGCUGGAGCUGGAGGAGCCCGUGAACGUCUCUGGCCGCGUGCGGCCCAUGUCCCUGCCCCCUACCUCGGAGCCCUUCCCCGCGGGCACCCCAUGCUGGGUGACGGGCUGGGGAGACGUGAAGGAUGAGGAGCCCCUCCCACCGCCCUUCCCCCUGAAGCAAGCCAAGGUCCCCAUCGUGGAAAACCGUCUUUGUGACGCCAAGUACCACAGCGACAACAUCCACAUUAUCCAGGAUGACAUGCUGUGCGCCGGAAACAGCCAGAAGGACUCCUGCCAGGGCGACUCCGGCGGGCCGCUGGUGUGCAGGGUGAACGGCACGUGGCUGCAGGCGGGUGUGGUGAGCUGGGGCGAGGGCUGUGCGCACCCCAACCGGCCCGGCGUCUACACCCGCGUCACCUACUACUUAGACUGGAUCCACCGCCACGUCCCAAGCACCCCUGAGCCAGAGGACAGCCCGUCCUGGGAGGGCCAGGGCCAGGCCGCAGCUCUUGGGGCUCGGUGCCUGGCUGUGUGGCGGGGUCUCCUCACGGCCCUGGACCCCGGGCUGGUUGAGCAGCAGCCCGCAGGGCAGGGGCCGGGACCACGGGAGAGCAGAGACGCUGGAAGGCCAGAGGUAGAGGACAGCCAGGCGCCGGGUCAGGUCUCGCCCCUCUCCCGGCAUUGUCCUGUCCCGACCCGGCCAUGA